AUUCAUUCUAUUAAUAUCUCUCCGCAUUCGUAGAACCACUCCAACAGCAAUGGCUUUUAAUUCCCUCUCCCAACUCUUCUUCUUACUGCUGCUUCUUCCAGCAUUUGUUGUUUCUCAGACAUCUAAUAUCACUUUGGGAUCAUACCUUGUGGCUUCUAAAGAUUCACCUUCAUGGAAAUCUCCUUCUGGUCAUUUUGCCUUCGGAUUUUACCAGCUUCAGAAUCAAGACCAGUUCCUGCUGGCCAUUUGGUUCGACAAUAUUCCCAAUAGAACAACUGUUUGGUAUGCAAACGGAGAUAAUCCGGUAUCAGAGGGAUCAAAGGUUGAGCUUACUAGAGAUGGCAAACUCACAUUAACUUCCCCAGAUGGCCCAAUCUGGAACGCCACAGUUAAUGGCAGUGCCUAUUCCGUUCAGGGGGUUGCUUAUGCUGCUUUGCUAGACACCGGUAACUUUGUUAUUGUUCGUGAAGAUCUUGCUUACGCAUGGGAGAGUUUCAACAACCCUACAGACACCCUUUUGCCAACUCAAGAACUACCGCUUGGUGGAAUGCUAUGUUCUAAACAGACGCCAAGCAAUUACUCAACGGGAAGGUUCCAGCUCCGCAUGCUACCAGAUGGUAACCUUGUGCUGAACACCUUUUCCUUGCCCAAAGCAAAUUCAUUUGCGUAUAAUGCUUACUACAUCAGCAACACUUAUGCUUAUGGUCAAAAGGUAGUUUUCAAUGAACCAAACUACAUCUCCAUUGUCCUAAGUAGUGGGGAGAUUCGUAACCUAACGGGGGACAGGGUAGCUUCCCAAGAUUAUUAUAGAGCAACACUUGAUUUUGAUGGAAUUUUCACAAUGUAUUCUUAUCCCAACUCUCAAAGAGCUGGGCAAGGUGAUCAGUCCUGGUCCAUUGCCUGGUCCAUUCCUUCUGACAUUUGUAAUGGAACGAAUAGCAAUCGCCGAGUUGGAGACCUUUAUAUUGAGGGACCUGGUUCUUGUGGCUUUAACAGCUACUGUACAAUUGGCAGUAAUCUACGGCCGAGUUGUGAAUGCCUCCCUGGCUUCAGUUUCUCCGAUCCAAACAACAAGUUCAAUGGGUGCAUUCAGGACAGGAUACAGGAAUGCAAUCCGGACCUCUCAAAAGCAGAGGAUUUGUAUGAUAUGCGUCCGUUACCGAACACCUUCUGGCCGACGUCUGCAGCCUUUGAAAGAACGCACUCAAAUGAAGAUGAAUGUAGGCAAUCUUGUCUCUAUGAUUGUCUAUGUGUGGUUGCUGAACUCGAAGGAGGAUUAUGUUCGAAAAAGAAGCUGCCGCUUACAAAUGGGAUGGUGAACAGGGGCAUCGAUGGCAAAGCAUUUAUAAAGGUAGCAAGACAUAAUGGGCCUCUACUGCAGAAGAAAGAUCAAUCAAGUACAAUUUUGAUGGGAUCAUUUCUUUUAGGUGGCUCAGCAUUGAUCAAUUUCCUGCUCCUAACUGCAGUCUCCAUACUAGCUAUCAGGUCCUGCAAUAGGAGACAGAAACCGCAUCAAAUGUCAAAUAGCUUGGAAAGUAACCUACGGUCUUUUACUUACCAAGAUCUUGAGGAAGCCACAGAUGGGUUCAAGGAAGAACUCGGGAGAGGUGCUUUUGGAAUUGUGUAUAAAGGUGUUUUACGCCCUCCACAUUCCAUAAUUUCUAUUGCUGUGAAAAAAUUAGACAGGUUAAUGCAAGACGGUGAGAAGGAAUUCAAAACAGAGGUGAAUGCAGUUGCCAAAAUUCAUCACAAGAAUUUAGUAACAUUGAUUGGAUUCAGUGAGGAAGGGCCUCACAAGCUUUUGGUCUAUGAGUUCAUGAGCAAUGGAACACUAGCUAGUCUCUUGUAUGGAGAUUGUAGACCUGAAUGGAAGAGUCGCACUCGAAUGGCAUUUGAGAUUGCAAGAGGACUAGUGUAUUUGCAUGAGGAGUGCAGCAUACCCAUUAUCCACUGCGACAUUAAGCCUCAAAACAUACUCUUGGAUGACUCAUUCACUGCAAGAAUCUCUGACUUUGGAUUAGCAAAGCUUCUGAUGAGCGACCAAACUCGCACCAUGACAGCAACUAGAGGCACGAAGGGAUAUGUUGCUCCUGAAUGGUUCCGGAACACACCAAUUACAACAAGGGUUGAUGUUUAUAGUUAUGGGGUGAUGCUAUUGGAGAUCAUUUGCUGCAGGAAAAACUAUGAAGUAGAACGAGAAAAUGAGGAAGAAGUGAUACUAACAGAUUGGGUCUGGGAUUGCUAUUUAGAGAGAAGAUUGGAUAGGGUGGUGGAGAACGAUGAGGAGGCAAUCGAUGACAUGACAAAGGUGGAAAGGUUAGUGAUGGUGGCAAUUUGGUGCAUACAAGAAGAUCCCUCUCUAAGACCCUCCAUGAGAAAGGUCACUCAAAUGCUUGAAGGAGUAGUCCAAGUUCCUAUGCCCCCUCGUCCUACCCCAUUUUCUUCUGUGUACUAAAACUGUAUGCCUUUUUACAUUCAUUGUUAAUUUCUUUCAAAACCUUAAUUUUAAGGGAUAGGUUGUCCCCCAUGCCCACCUUCAUGGAUGUCAAUAUGUCAUAUUGUGCUUCUUAAAAAAUGAAAGAAGUGUGAACUA